AUGGCGCCGUCUCUCCUCCGCCUUGCUCCGCGAUCCACGCCCACCUCUUCCAACCACCCUGCCCGAUCCCACGCGCCUUCUCGCGCAGCGCGUGGCGGAAGUUCCACGUCAGCGUCGCGCGCGUGGCUGCGGCGCUCCAUCCCCGCGUCGUGCGUCGCGCUGCUCCUCCUGCUGCUGACGGCGUCGUUGCUGCGCGCUCUAAUUCGCCCACAGUCGCCGGAAGGGGGCGCUGGGAGCAGCGAGGGGGAGCGGGCGCUGAGGGUGUAUGUGGUGCUGCUGCCGGCGCCGUACAACGUCGACCUCAUCCCGCUCGCGCAGGUGACUCGCGCCCCGCGUGGCCCUCUCUCGCUCAUCGUGAGCCUCUUCCCUGGCUCUAGCGUCUAUACCCUGGCCCUCUCCCCCUUGUCGCAGGUGUCGCUGCUGCCACCAGCGGCCCUGCCCUCGUCCGCGCCGCCUCCCCCGCCAUGCACCGUGCGCCUCCACUCGCCCCACGCCCUGCCGCUCUCCUGGCUGCACCCUCCCUCCCCCUCUGCCUCCUCCCCAUCCUCCACCUCCGCCUCUGCCUUCCCCACCUCGCCCCUCCCCCCUGCUGCAUCCCCUGCCAGCGCCGCCAGCAGUGGCCGCACCGCCCUCUCACCGCACCUGCUGCCGUUCCUCGGCAUACCAGACCUGCCGGACCUGCCUGUACCGCUCUCACCAUCGCCGCCAGUAGCAGCAUCUUCGGAGGCGGCAGCGGUGGAGCGAGCAGUGCUGGCAGGGGCAGGAGGGCCGGUGGGCGUGAGUGUGCCGUGCUACCCGCACUACCCCUACUACCGCCAGCAUGCGGCCGAGUACUUCCUCACACUCUCCCUCCUCUCCGGUAACCCCCCUCUCCUUCCUCCACUGCACUUACACUUACCCUCACUUUCUCUGCUUGCCUCUCACCUUGCUCUUUCUCAACCCGCCACGGCACCACCUUGCCCCUCACUCUCUUUCUCCCCUCCGUGCUGCUCUGCUCUCCACCAUGUCUCUUCCCCACAUCCGUGGUGCAUGCCUGAGGCCGCCAGGCACAGGGGCAGUGCAGCGCGUGCAGCGAGUGGAGGACGCAGAAGCCAUCUUCGUGCCCUACUGGUCCACCCUCGCCUUCCGCACCAACGCCAGGUGCCUGCCUCCUCCACUGCCACCAACGCCAGUGACAUCCUGGACCCCAUCAUCGCGCGCUUCGCCCUCCACCACGCUGCCACACCCGCCACACCUGCCACCAGCGCCGCCACCACCACCCACGGCAGUGGGGGCGGCAGCAGCAGCACCGGCAGCGGCAGCAGCGGAAGUGGCAGCAGAGCUAGCAGCAGUGGGAGUGGGGGUGGGCGCAUGCCCCCCCUGGUGGUGCCGUGCGUGUACCCGCUGGCCAUGUUCAACCACUCGCUGCCCCUCGCUGCUGCCAUCAAGCUCGCUGUUGACCUCGACCUGCACUGGGCUCAGGCAGCAUCGUACGACCGCGAUGUGAUAGUGCCGUACGUGCCGCUGGUGGCGCCCUUCUCUCACGACCGUGGCUCCUGGGCCUCGCGCCCCCUGCUGCUCUUCUUCCAAGGCACCACCGACCGCUGGGGGGGCGGCAUCAUUCGGCAGCAAGUGCAGCGGGAGCUGCAGGGGCAGCCCGGGGUGCAAUUCACGGUGGGGCGGGCGGAGAACAGCAGCAUGACGGCUCAGGCCGCCACCGCCAUGCGCCGCGCUAAAUACUGCCUGGUGCCGCGAGGUGACACCUCGUCCAGCUGUCGCCUGUUUGACGCCGUGCUCUCCGGGUGCAUCCCAGUGAUCAUCAGCGACGCCCUCGACCCACCCUUUGAGGACGCCAUUGAUUACACCGCCUUCUCGCUGCUCCUCCCUGCCGCCCUCGCUGUGCGCCCGGGGUACAUUCUAGGCGUGCUGCACGCGCAGACAGAGGCCGUGUGGCGCCAGCAGUGGGAAGCCAUGAGGAAGGACCCUCACCACCUCCUCUUCUCCCUGCCUCCAGGGGGUAAGCGGUGCGGUGUGGCGGCGUGGCGCAGGGGAAGAGGGAAGAGGAGCAGGUCGCAUGGCAUGAGCGCACCCCACCACCCUGCUGUGCCUUGUGCUGCCUCUCCUAACCAGCCCACUCCUCAUCCCGCCACGGCCAGUGGAGCAGAGGACAUGGUGGCGCAUCACUUCAUCUACUACUUCCUCCCACGACCCGGCAAGGCAGAGGAUAUGGUGUGGCGGGGCACGAGAGAAGAGGAGCAGGACGCAUGGCAUGAGUGCACCCCAGCUACCCUAUCCGCCAACGUACCUCCCACCCCACCCCACAUCCCUCCCCCACAGGUGGCGCAUCACUUCAUCUACUCCUUCCCACCACGACCCGGAGGAGCAGAGGACAUGGUGUGGCGGACCGUGGCACGGCGCGUGAGGGGGCAGUUCUCUCCGCACUACCGCAACAGGCGGGGCCGCAUUCUUCUGGCGCAGCUGGCACAGGCAGGGCUCAACGCGUCUCACCUCGAACAGCCCUUACCCAACCGGCCCCCUGUAACAUUCGAUGUAACACUUGACAAUGAAACCUAA